GUCUGAGCUGCUCCUAACUCUAUCUGCUCCUCCUUACUCCUCCUUACUCCUCCUUACUCCUCUCUGCACCUCCUUACUCCUCCUUACUCCUCUCUGCACCUCCUUACUCCUCUCUGCUCCUCUCCGGGGAAUCAGCGCUGAGACUCCGGGAAUGAGGCAGUAACCGGUCCGAUGAGCAGAUGGAGCUCAAACUUUGGAUUUUUCUGUUUUUCCUUCAGAGUCACAAAUGGACCUGCGGUACCGGUGUGUUUUUCACCAAGCAUCCGACCAAUCAGACGGUGUCUCAGGGCAACGCGGCCCGGCUGGGUUGUGCCGUGCAGGGUUUGGUUGAUCCUGACAUCAUGUGGAUGAAAGACGGAGAGAAGCUGUACAGUACCGACCAGAUGUUCAUCACACUGGGAGAACAGCACUGGAGACGUUCCACAGUGUGAAGUCGGUGCAGCAGCAGGAUGGCGGGGUCAGUACUGGUGUGAAGUUGAGUUUGACGGUGAGACGUUUUCCUCUGAGAGAGCCUGGAUCACAGUAGAAGGUG